CACCUGUGCUCAGGCUAGAGGGAAUUUCUGGGAUGUGACGCCAAGCAGGGCAUUCUGACUCCUUGAUGUCUCUUGUCUUCAGACUGCAUCCGGAUGAUGGUGGGGCUGGACAACCCAAGAGACUCAAACAAGAGGUUGCAGAACACAGCCGGCCGGAUCUUCCCUUGGUUUGCAAACCGUUCAUUCCUCAGUACCGUUCCAGUGUCGAGGAAGACACAGGCAGUUUGUCAGGAGAAAGCUUAGAUGGACACCCACAAGCCACCGGCUCCUGUCCUCGGCUUACACCACCCCCCAAUGCUGCCUCUGAUGCGCUGUUGAGCCUCCCACCACAUGGUUUAUGGAGCCGUCAUAUCCUGCAGCAGACUCUGAUGGAUGAAGGCCUGCGAUUGGCUCGGCUGGUGUCUCAUGAGCGGGUGGGACGGCUCAGCCCGUGCCUAACAGCCAAGCCCCAGGGUCCAGAAUUUGGGGAGAACCUCUCUGAGCGGUGCCAGGCCCCAGCGGCACAACUUGAGGCCCGACGGAACAGCAUCAAAGUAGAACCAGAGACUAGCCGACAAUAAGUGGCAGGUGACUCGGUGCCCAGUCACGAAGCAAUAAUGUGCCUGCCAGCCCUACACGUCAGAGAGACUCUUGCGGGAUAUGGAGGGACAUGCAAUUCUCUGAGUAGCCACAAGAGGGCAUGCUUAGCUUCGCUGACAAAAGAAGAGCUGCCAUAUUAGCACAACUCAUUUCCAGUCUCAAGUCCCUUCACAAAAUGAAGAGCCUGCUUGGCCUGUCCCCUCUCAGCUCCAAGUAGAAGGGCACAGAUGGGGAAACCUGCAUCUGUGAUACUAAUAACUGUGUGAGAAGGGGUGUUGUGGCUAGAGCAGAAAGCCGUGACCUCAGGGAGACCGCAUCUCUGCUUAGUUUUGCGUG